GGGCGGGCCCAGGCAGAUACACUCUAGCCGCCCUUGCUAGCACUAUGUCUGAUCCUAGAGCUCGAUUCUUGGUCGUUUAUAUACUGCUGUUAUUGUGGCAACUUGUUCUUGGAGAACACUUGCUGGUACCAACCGCAUCUGGUAAACACCCUGAAGCGCUGCCAUUACCUCAACCCCGCGCGAAGCCUCCUUUCUCAAACUCAGUACAUCAGGCAGAAGCUGGUCUGGCAAAUGAGACUCAAGAAGCCACAACAGAUCUAGAUUCAUCCCUUCAACGCGGUCGACUUUACUCUCUCGCAUGGCUAAGAUGCCGGAAGCCUUCUGUAGCAGUUUCGCCAAGUAUUGCACCCCAGGCCUUGGCUAAAAGCGUCCCUUUUGUCUCCGGUGUAAAUCACACAGCAGAAAAAGAACUUACUUCCCCCAUUAAUCUCCCCUUUUCCUCUGUUUUUGUCUCUGUCCCCUCACAUGCUAUGUCUUCCUUUACAAAUAAUUUAGGUGACACCACAACCACCCUGUAUUCCCCUCCUUCGUCUGCAAUGCAAUACUAUCCCAAUGGACAUUUCUCCGCACCCUUUGCAUUUCCCCUCCCGGCCACUGUGACUCUCUCGGCUGCAAACACUGAGCAAUUCUCCCCAGAUCUUAAGCCCCACAUUCAAAGUAACAUCGCCCUAGCAAAUAAGCCCCACUCCCCAAGCAAUGAAAAAGUCUCAUCAGUUCCCAAGCCCUAUCCUCCAAACACUGAACAUCUCUCCCCAGAUCCUAAGCCUUGCUCUACAGACAAUGAACGCGUCUCACAAGCCUUUCUGCCUCGUGCCCAUAGAAAGCCUUCCUCAGUUUUUCUAACCCCCUCUCCAGACAGUAAAAUUCUUUCCCCAUCUUACCUGCCUCAGACCUUGGGCAUUGAGAACCUCGUCCUACCUACAACCUUACAUCCUCAUUUCAUCCACCUGAUAUUGAUAUCCUUCCUCGUUUAGAAACGGAAUCAGUUGUUCCUUCUUCAGUAGUUCAAUCAACGGUACCUGUUACCUUCUCUCCACUCACGGUUUAUCUUCCGGGAAACCCUGCCCUAAACCUCCAUAUCCACACAUAUCUAAUACUGUUGAAUCCAAACAUCUAUCUCACACAGCCGUGCUUUAACAAACAUACUCCUGUGGUUCAUCAAACCAAGAUGUAUCCACAGUCACAACAUAACAGAGCUCGGCCGAAGAUGCAAGGCGAAGUACAUCAAGGCACGCCUCUUAUACAGCCACAGAACCCCAUUUUGUUUCAAGGGCUUCCACAUGUAGAAAAACUCACUCUUCCUCCAAGUGCAAAAUACACUCCUCAUCCACAGCCAGAGAUACUCGUACAUCCCCCACAUCAAGAGGGCCUCGUUCCUCUUCUACAGUCAGAGAACGUCGUUCCUCCUCCAAAGCCAGAAAACCUCAUUCCUCAUUCACAGCCAAAAACCCUCAUCCCUCCGCCACAGUCAGAGAACCUCAUUCUUCUUCCUGAUCCUGACAACCUUGCUACUCUUCGUCAGCAAGAAAACCUCUUUCCCCUUCCACAGCCAGAGAACCUCGUUCCUUUUCCACAGUCAGAAAUACCCAUUCCAAUUCCACAGCCAGAGAACCUCGUUCCUAUUUCCCAGCCAGAAACUCCCAUUCCUUUUCUAAAGCCAGAGAACUUCAUUUCUCUUUCACAGCCAGAGAAUCUUAUUCCUAUUUCACAGCCAGAGAUUCCCAUUCCUCUUCCACAGCCAGAGAACCUCGCUCCUCUUCCACAGCCAGAGAACCUCGUUCCUCUUCCACAGUUAGAAAUCCCCAAUCCUCUUCCAAACCCAGAGAAUCUAAUUUCUCUUCCACAGCCAGAGAACCUCUUUCCUCUUUCACAGUUAGAAACCCCCAUUCCCUUUCCACAGCCAGGGAAUCCCAUUCCUCUUCCACAACCAGAAAACUAUAUUCCUCUUCCACAGCCAGAGAAACUUAUUCCUCUUCCACAACCAGAAAACGUCUUUCCUCUUUCACAGCCAGAGAACUUCAUUCCCCUUCUACUACCAGACACCUCAAUUCCUCUUCCACAGCCAGAGAACCUCGUUCCUCUUCCACAGCCUGAAAACUUCAUUCCACUUCCACAGUCAGAGAACCUCAUAACUCUCCCAUGGACUGAGAAUCUCAUUCCUCUUUCACAGCCAGAUAAUCUCGUUCUUAUUCCAAAGCCAGAGAACCCUGUCCCUCUUCCACAACACGAGAACCUCAUUCUUCUAACACAGCCAGAGACUCCCAUCACUCAUCCACAGCAAGAGAACCUUAUUCAUCUUCCACAGCCAGAAAACCUCAUUCCUCAUUCACAGCCAGAAUCCCUCAUCCCUCUACCACAGUCAGAGAACCUCAUUCUUCUUCCUGAUCCUGACAACCUUGCUACUCUUCGUCAGCAAGAAAACUUUUUUCCCCUUCCACAGCCAGAGAACCUCGUUCCUUUUCCACAGUCAGAAAUACCCAUUCCAAUUCCACAGCCAGAGAACCUCGUUCCUAUUUCCCAGCAAGAAACUUCCAUUCCUCUUCUAAAGCCAGAGAACCUCAUUUCUUUUCCACAGCCAGAAAACCUCGUUCCCCUUCCACAACUAGAGAAGCUCCUUCCUCUUCCACAGCCAGAAACUCCCAUUCCUUUUCUAAAGCCAGAGAACUUCAUUUCUCUUUCACUGCCAGAGAAUCUCAUUCCUCUUCCACAGCCAGAGAACCUCGUUCCUUUUCCACAGCCAGAAAACCUCGCUCCUCUUCCACAGUUAGAAAUCCCCAAUCCUCUUCCAAACCCAGAGAAUCUAAUUUCUCUUCCACAGCCAGAGAACCUCUUUCCUCUUUCACAGUUAGAAACCCCUAUUCCCUUUCCACAGCCAGGAAAUCCCAUUCCUCUUCCACAACCAGAAAACUAUAUUCCUCUUCCACAGCCAGAGAGCCUUCGAACUCUUCUACAUUCAGAAAACCUUAUCCUUCUUUCACAACCAGAAACACUCACUCUUCCUCCACAGCAAGAGAAUCUCGUUCUUCUUCCAAUAUCACACAACUUCGUUCCUCUUCCACAGCCAGAGAACCUCAUUCCUCUUCCACAGCCAGAGAACCUCAUUUCUUUUCCACAGCCAGAAAACCUCGUUCCCCUUCCACAACUAGAGAAGCUCCUUCCUCUUCCACAGCCAGAAACUCCCAUUCCUUUUCUAAAGCCAGAGAACUUCAUUUCUCUUUCACUGCCAGAGAACCCAAUUCCUCUUUCACAGCAAGAGACAACCAUUUCUCUUCCACAGCCUGAGAACCUCAUUCGUCUUCCGAAGCAAGAAAAUCUUAACCCUUUUUCACAGCCAGAGAACCUCAUUCGUCUUUCACAGCAAGAGAACCUUAAACCUCUUCCACAGCCAAAAAACAUCAUUCCUCAUCUCACUCAUCUUCCCCAACCUCUGAACCUCAUUCGUCUUCCGCAGCUAGAGAACCUCAUUCCUCUUCCGCAGCUAGAAAACCUCAUUCCUCUUCCGCAGCUAGAGAACCUCAUUCCUUUAACACAGGCAGAGAAUUCCAUUCCUCUUCUGCAACAAGGUAACCUUGUUCCUCUUCAACAGCCAGACAACUUCAUUAUUAUUCCCCAGCCAGAGAUCCUUAUUCCUCACCCACAGCCAGAAAACGUCGUUCCUCUUUCCCAACUAGAGAACCUAAUUUCUCUUCUACAGUCAAACACCCUGAUUCCUAUUCCACAACUAGAGAACCUCGUUUCACUUCCACAGCCAGAGAAUCUCAUUCCUCUUCCACAGUAUGAGAACAUCAAUCCCUUUUCACAGUCAGGGGGCCCUCCACAGCUUCCAAAGCCAGCAAAACUUAAUCCUCUUCCACAGUCAGAGACCCCCAUUCCUCUUCCACAGCCAGAGAACCUCAUUCCUCUAAUACAGCAAGAUACCCUCAUUCCCCCUCCACUAAUAAAUAAACUUAUUUCUCUUCCACAGUCAGAAAACCUCAUCCCUCUUCCCCAGAUAGAGAACUUUCUCCUUCAACAGCCAGAAUCCCACAAACGACAGCAAGAGAAAUUUAUUCCAUUUCCACAGCUAGAAACCCUUCCACAGCCGGAAACCCCCAUUCUUCUUCCACAACAAGAGAGCCUUAUUUCUUUUCCACAGGAAGAGAACCAUAUUCCAAUUCCACAGCCGAAGAACUUCAUUACUCUACCACAGCUUGAGACCCCAAUUCUUCUUCCACAGCCAGAGAAACUUAUUCCUCUUCCACAACCAGAAAACGUCUUUCCUCUUUCACAGCCAGAGAACUUCAUUCCCCUUCUACUACCAGACACCUCAAUUCCUCUUCCACAGCCUGAGAACCUCGUUCCUCUUCCACAGCCUGAAAACUUCAUUCCACUUCCACAGUCAGAGAACCUCAUAACUCUCCCAUGGACUGAGAACCUCAUUUCUCUUUCACAGCCAGAGAAUCUUGUUCUUAUUCCAAAGCCAGACAACCCUGUCCCUCUUCCACAACACGAGAACCUCAUUCUUCUAACACAGUCAGAGACUCCCAUCACUCAUCCACAGCAAGAGAACCUUAUUCCUCUUCCACAGCCAGAGAACUUUAUUACUCUUCUACAAACAGACACCUCAAUUCAUCUUCCACAGCCAGAAAACCUCAUUCCUUAUUCACAGCCAGAAACCCUCAUCCCUCCGCCACAGUCAGAGAACCUCAUUCUUCUUCCUGAUCCUGACAACCUUGCUACUCUUCCUCAGCAAGAAAACCUCUUUCCCCUUCCACAGCCAGAAACCCUCAUCCCUCCGCCACAGUCAGAGAACCUCAUUCUUCUUCCUGAUCCUGACAACCUUGCUACUCUUCCUCAGCAAGAAAACCUCUUUCCCCUUCCACAGCCAGAGAACCUCGUUCCUUUUCCACAGUCAGAAAUACCCAUUACAAUUCCACAGCCAGAGAACCUCGUUCCUAUUUCCCAGCAAGAAACUUCCAUUCCUCUUCCACAGCCAGAGAACCUCAUUUCUUUUCCACAGCCAGAAAACCUCGUUCCCCUUCCACAACUAGAGAAGCUCCUUCCUCUGCCACAGCCAGAAACUCCCAUUCCUUUUCUAAAGCCAGAGAACUUCAUUUAUCUUUCACUGCCAGAGAAUCUCCUUCCUAUUUCACAGCCAGAUAUUCCCAUUCCUCUUCCACAGCCAGAGAACCUCUUUCCUCUUUCACAGUUAGAAACCCCCAAUCCUCUUCCAAACCCAGAUAAUCUAAUUUCUCUUCCACAGCCAGAGAACCUCUUUCCUCUUUCACAGUUAGAAACCCCCAUUCCCUUUCCACAGCCAGGGAAUCCCAUUCCUCUUCCACAACCAGAAAACUAUAUUCCUCUUCCACAGCCAGAGAACCUUCGAACUCUUUUACAUUCAGAAAACCUUAUCCUUCUUUCACAACUAGAAACACUCACUCUUCCUUCACAGCCACAGAAUCCCGUUUCUUUUCAACAGUCAAAGAACCUAAUUCCUAUUCCACAGCAAGAGAAUCUUGUUCUUCUUCCAAUACCACACAACUUCGUUCCUCUCCCACAGCAAGAGAACCUCAUUCCUCUUCCACAGUUAGAGAACCUUGUUCCUUUUCCACAGUCAGAGAACCCCAUUCCUCUUUCACAGCAAGAGACAACCAUUCCUCUUCCACAGCCAGAGAAACUCGCUCCUCUUCCACAGCCAGAAAACCUCGCUCCUCUUCCACAGUUAGAAACCCCCAUUCCCUUUCCACAGCCAGGGAAUCCCAUUCCUCUUCCACAACCAGAAAACUAUAUUUCUCUUCCACAGCCAGAGAGCCUUCGAACUCUUCUACAUUCAGAAAACCUUAUCCUUCUUUCACAACCAGAAACACUCACUCUUCCUCCACAGCAAGAGAAUCUCGUUCUUCUUCCAAUACCACACAACUUCGUUCCUCUUCCACAGCCAGAGAACCUCAUUCCUCUUCCACAGCCAGAGAACCUCAUUUCUUUUCCACAGCCAGAAAACCUCGUUCCCCUUCCACAACAGCCAGAGAAUCUUGUUCUUAUUCCAAAGCCAGAGAACCCUGUCCCUCUUCCACAACACGAGAACCUCAUUCUUCUAACACAGUCAGAGACUCCCAUCACUCAUCCACAGCAAGAGAAACUUAUUCCUCUUCCACAACCAGAAAACGUCUUUCCUCUUUCACAGCCAGAGAACUUCAUUCCCCUUCUACAACCAGAUACCUCAAUUCCGCUUCCACAGCCAGAGAACCUCGUUCCUCUUCCACAGCCAUUAAACUUCAUUCCUCUUCCACAGUCAGAGAACCUCAUAACUCUCCCAUGGACUGAGAACAUCAUUCCUCUUUCACAGCCAGAGAAUCUUGUUCUUAUUUCAAAGCCAGAGAACCCUGUCCCUCUUCCACAACACGAGAACCUCAUUCUUCUAACACAGCCAGAGACUCCCAUCACUCAUCCACAGCAAGAGAACCUUAUUCCUCUUCCACAGCCAGAUAACAUUAUUAUUCUUCUACAACCAGACACCUCAAUUCAUCUUCCACACCCAGAGAACUUCAUUCUUCUUUCCCAGCCAGAGAACAUCAUUCUUCUUCCAGAAUCAGAGAACCACAUUACCCUCUCACCGCCAGAGAACAUUCCACAACUAGAGAACCUCAUUCUUCUUCCACAUCCUGCAGACCUUAUUCCUCUACCACGGUCAGAGAACCCCAUUCCUCUUCCACUAUCCGAGAACUUCAUUCUUGUAACACAGCCAGCGUCCCCUAUUCCUCUUCUACAGCAAGAGAAACUCAUUCCUCUUCCACAAUCAGAAAACUUCAUUGCUCUUCUACUGCCAGAUACCUUAAUUUAUCUUCCACAGCCAGAGACCCCUAUCCCUCUUCCACAGCACGAGAAACUCAUUCCUCUACCACAACCAGAACACCUCAUUCCUCUUCCACAGUCAGAGAACCUCAUUCCUCUUUCACAGUCAGAGAACCUCAUUCCUCUUUCACAGCCAGAGAACCUCGUUCUUAUUCCAAAGCCAGAGAACCCUGUCCCUCUUCCACAACACGAGAACUUUAUUCUUCUAAUACAGCCAGAGACCCUGAUUAUUCUCCCACAGCAAGAAAACUUUAUUCCUUUUCCACAGCCAGAGAACUUCAUUACUCUUCCACAGCCAGACACCUCAAUUCAUCUUCCACAGCCAGAGAACCUCGUUCCUCUUCCACAGCCUGCGAACACCAUUCUUCUUCCACACCCAGAGAACCUUAUUCUUCUUCCCCAGCCAGAAAAACUCGUUCCCAUUCCACAAUCAGAGAACCUCUUUAUUCUCCCACAGCCUGAGAACCUCAUUUCUCUUUCACAGCCAGACAACCUUCCGCAGUUAAAGAACCCCCUUCCUUUUCCACAGCCUCCAAACCUCAUUUCUCUUCCACAGUCAGAGAACCCCAUUCCUCUUCCAGAACCGGAGAACGCCAUUCCACAUCCACAACCAGAGACCUCUAUUACUCUUCCACAGCAGGAGAACCUUAUUCCUGUUCCACAGUCAGAUAACUUCAUUACUCUUCUACAGCCAGACAUUCCUUUUCCUCUUCUACAGCAAGAGGACCUUGUUCUUCUACAGCCAGAAAACCUAAUUCCGCUUCCACAGCCUGCAUACCCCUUUCCCCUCCCACAGCUAGAAAACCUCUUUCCCAUUCCACAAUCAGAGAACCUCAUUCCUCUCCCACAGCCUGAGAACCUCAUUCCUCUCCCACAGCCUGAGAACCUCAUUCCCCAUUCACAGCCAGACAACCUUCCACAGCUAAAGAGACUCAUUCCUAUUCCACAGUCAGACAACCUCCUUCCUCUUCCAAAGCCAGAGAACUUUGUUUCUCUUCCACAGCCAGAGAAACUCACUCAUCUUCCACAGCCAGAGAACGUCGUUCCUCUUUCACAGCCUGAAAACCUUAUUCCUCUUCUACAGCUAGAUACAGCAAUUCCUCUUCCACAACUAGAGAACCUCAUUCUUCUUCCACAGCAUGAAGAGAACCUCAUUCCUCAUCAACAGCCAGAGAACUUUCCACAGCCAGACCACAUUAUUUCCCUUCCUCAGCCUGUGAACUUCAUUCCUCUUCUACAGUCAGAGAUCCUUGUUCCUCUCAUGCAGCCAGAGAACCUUGUUCCACUUCGAUCAUCAGAGAACCUCACUCCUAUUCCACAGCUAAAGACUUCCAUUCCUCUAUCACAGCCCGAGAUCCUCAUUCCUCUUCCACAGCCCGAGAACUUUGUUCCUCUUUCAAAGCAAGAGAAUCUCCUUCCUCUCCCAGAAUUAGAGAACCUCAUUCUUCUUAAACAUCCAAAUCACCAUAUUCCUCUUCCACAUCCAGAGAAUCUGUCGUCCAUUCCACAAACAGAGAACCCAAUUCCACAAACAGAGAACCCAAUUCCACAGCCAAACAACCUCAUUCCUUUUCCACAGACAGAGACCUCCAUUCCCCUUCCACAAAUUGAGAACUUAAUUACUCUUCAACAGCCUGCGAACCUCAUUCCUCUUCUACAGCCAGAGAAAUCUGUUCCUCUUCCCCAACCCUUCAACCUCAUUCCUCUAACACAGCCAGAGACUCCUAUUCAUCUGACACAACCAAAGACCCAUAUUACCCUUCCACAACCAGAGAACCUCCUUCCUCUCCCACAACAUCCCAAUUCUUCUACAGUCAGAGAACCUCGUUCCUCUUCUACAGUCAGAGAACCUCAUUCCUCUUCUGCAGUCAGAUACCCCAAUUCCCCUCAACAGCCAGAGACACCCAUUUCCCUUCUGCAGGAAGAGGACCUUAUUCUUCUUCCACAGCCAGAGAACCUCAUUCCCCUUCCUCAACCAGAGAACCAAAUUCCUCUUCAACAGCCACAGACCGUCAUUCCUCUUUCACAGCCAGACAACCCUAUUCUUCUUCCUACACCACAGAUCUCCAUUCCACUAACACUGCUAGAGACCCCAAUUCCUCUUCCACAACCAGAAAACCUUACUCCUCUUCUACAGUCAGAGACCCCAAUUCCUGUUCCACAGCCAAAGAACCUAGUUCCUUUUCCACAACCAGAUAACAUCAAUCCUCUUUCACAGCAAGAAAACCUUAUUCCCCUUCCACAAUUAGAGCCAGAGAUGCCUAUUUUUGUUCCACAGCCAGAGAACCUUAUUACUCUCACACAGCUUGAGAACUUUUUUAGUCUUCCACACCUAGAUACCCCUACUCCUCUGCAUCAAGAGAACCUUAUUCCUCUCCCACUACCAGAAAACAGCAUUCCUCUUUCACAGCCUGAGAACCUCAUUUCUCUUCUACAGCCAGAUACCCCAAUUCCUCUUCCACAGUCAGAGAACCUGAGUCUUCUCCCACAGCCAAAGAACCUCCCUCCUCUUCCACAACCAGAGAAUCUUACUCCUCCAUCACAGCCAGAGACCCUAAUUCCUCUUCCACAGCCAGAGAAUCCCAUUCUUCUUGCACGGCCAGAGAACAUUAUUUCUCUUUCGCAGCCUGAGAACGUCUUUGCUAUUUCACAACCUGAAAACCUCAUUCCUCUUCUACACCCAGACACCCCAAUUCCUCUUCCACAGAUAGAAAACCUUGUUUUUCUUCCACAGCCGAACAGUCUCAUUCCUCUUCCACAGCCAGAGAACCUCAUUCCUCUUCCACAGCCAGAGAACCUUGUUCCUCCUGUAUCUCCAGAAAACCCCAUUCAUCUUCCACAACUAGAGAGUCUCAUUCCUUUUCCACAACCAGAGAACCGCAAUCCUCUUCAACAGCAACAGAACCUCAUUCUUUUUCCACAACCAGAGAACCUCAUUCCUCUACCAAAGCCAGAGAAUCUCGCUCCUCUUCCACAGCAACAGAGCCUCAUUCCUCUUCUACAACCAGAGAACCUCCUUCCUCUACCACAACCAGAGAACCUCAUUCCUCUUCUCCAACCAGAGAUCCUCCUUCCUCUUCCACAGCCUGCAAACCUCAUUCCUCUUCCACAGCCAGAGAAUCUCAUUCCUCUUCCACAGCCUAAGGACCUCGUUCCUCUACCACAACCAGAGAACCUCAUUUCUCUCCUCAAACCAGAGAUCCUCCUUCCUCUUCCACAGCCUGCAAACCUCAUUCCUCUUCCACAGCCAGAGAAUCUCAUUCCUCUUCCACAACCAAAAAACCUCCUUCCUCUUCUACAACCAGACAACCUCGCUCCUCUUCCACAGCCACAGAACCUCAUUCCUCUUCCACAGCCAGAGAACCUUGUUCCUCUUCUAUCUCCAGAAACCCUCAUUCCUCUUCCACAGCCUGAGGACCUCGUUCUUCUUCCACAACCAGAGAACCUCAUUCCUCUUUCACAGCCACAUAACCUCAUUCCUCCUCCACAGCCACAUAACCUCAUUCCUCUUCCACAGCCUGAGGACCUCGUUCCUCUUCCACAACCAGAGAACCUCAUUCCUCUCCUCCAACCAGAGGUCCUCCUUCCUCUUCCACAGCCUGCAAACCUCAUUCCUCUUACACAGCCAGAGAAUCUCAUUCCUCUUCCACAGCAACAGAAUCUCAUUCCUCUUCCACAACCAAAAAACCUCCUUCCUCUUCUACAACCAGAGAACCUCGCUUCUCUUCCACAGCCACAAAACCUCAUUCCGUUUCCACAGCCAGAGAACUUCAUCACUCUUUCAAAGUCAGAUAACCUCGCUUCUCUUCCACAGCAACAGAACCUCAUUCCUCUUCCACAGCCAGAGAACCUCUCUCCUAUUCCACAGCCAGAGAACCUCAUUUCUCUUCCACAGCCAGAGAACCUCAUUCCUCUUUUACAACCAGACAACCUCGCUCCUCUUCCACAGCCAGAGAACCUCAUUCCUCUUCCACAGCCAGAGACCCCAAUUUCUUUUCCACAACCAAAGAACUUCCUUCCUCUUCCACAGCCACAGAGCUCCAUUCCUCUUCCACAGCGACAGAAACUCGUUCCUGUUCCACAGCGACAGAACCUCAUUCCUCUUCCACAGCCAGAGACCCUAAUCCAUUAUCCAGUGAACCAUCUUCCUCUUCCACAGCCACAUAACCUCAUUCCUCUUCCACAGCCAGAGACCCUAAUCCAUUAUCCAGUGAACCUUCUUCCUCUUCCACAGCCACAUAACCUCAUUCCUCCUCCACAGCCACAUAACCUCAUUCCUCUUCCACAGCCAAAGACUUCCAUUCCUCUCCUACAGCCAAAGAACUUCAUUCCUCUUCUACAGCCAAAGACCCCAAUUCUUCUUCCACAGCCAGUGAACCUCGCUCCUCUCCCACCGCCAAGGAACUUCGUUCCUCUUACACAGCCAGAAAACCAAAUUCCUAUUCCACAGAAAAAAAUACUCAUUCCGUUUGCACAAUUAGAAAAUCUGUCCCAGCCACAGAACCCAACUUCGCUACAGCUAGAGAACCUUAUUUCUCCUCCACAGUUAGAAAACGCUAAUCCUUUUCCUCAGCUUCAUUCUGUACCAAUGACACAAGACACCAAUUUAGUUCUACAGCAGCAGGAUACCAUUAAUUACCCACUGCAACAAAACUUAAUUCCUAAUCUACAAUCAAUGAACCCGAUUUCCAUUUUGCACCCACAGACCCCUAUUCCUCCGUCACAGCCAAAGAAUCUCAUCCACAUUUCAGUGAUAUCCAAUCAGCCACAAGAAUCAAUCCCCUUGACACAGUCACAGACCGACAUCCUCGAGAGCUCCAUUUCCUUUCCACCUAUGCCCUUUCUGCAGCCACAUUCUUACGUGUCACCGUUAGGUGCAGCUGACAUCAGAACAUAUUCAUCAGUUAAUAGCAUUUCUGAAUAUGGAAGUCAGCGAGGGAGUCCAGCGGCCCACACGUGCUUCUUCCUUGCACAUCAGCUGAGGGCGCCCGGGGAGAGCGGGGGAGAGAGCGCCAGUCCUUCCAAAAGCGAGGAUUCUUUACAGUCAGCAAUGCACUUUAGUUCGGAAAAAACUUCGUACGAUGCUUUAGGAAAACCAGUUGGAAGUAUCUCAGAUGUGCCAAUUUAUGGUAGUUUAAAUGACUUUUCUGGUAACAGUAUUUCAGAGCAAUCCACAGAGAAAAUGCCAGGAUUUCAUGUUUAUAAUUUCCCAGUUGAAUCCUAUCUCAGUUAUCCAGAGGAUUCGGACACAUUUGCAAGAGACAUUUUAGACAAACGCCUUCAUCGCAGCAAUUUACCUGGUGAUGUCCACCGCAAGUCCCCUCCAGAAUCAAAGCAGACUUCUGAGAAAAUUGAAAAAAAUAGUAGAGAUACAUUCUGCAGUGAGAGUAAAGUAAGAGUAAAUCAUAAAGGUGUUAAUCCCAAACACUAUAAUGUACAUAAAUCUCAAGAAAAAAUAUUUCAUGCAUCAGAUUCGCCUGUUGAUAACACUGAAGACACACGGACUAGUGGCAGUCAUAAUGAAAUUAGAAAAAUGGGAAGAGAUAAUGUAUUUCGUAAACGCACAUCGGUUAAGCCACGGAGCAUCGGCCCUCAUGAACUAUAUAAACAUAAUAAGGGACUUCAAGAUCAAAUAUUGCCAGCUCACGAUGAAACUUUAUCCACUGCGAUAGAUAGACCAGGAAAUAAUGUUACACUGAAUCAAGUUCUACAUGGAACUCAAAUUUCGCCAAGCUAUGUUGGACCUAUAAUCACUCCUGUUACUGUUAGUUCUAAUAAUACCGUUGUUGAUAGCUGGAACAGUUCAGCCAGUGACCUGUCUGAGAAUGACCCAAAUAGAUCACAUAACCUAUCUGUUGAUUCACCAGAUAGAGUACCUCAGUACCAUAGAAAUCAUAAUGGCACUCCCAACCAAGUUUCAAAAAAUGGACUACCGGAUACUUUGCAUGAAGUUCUCUACCGGACUGUUGAGGAGCCACGCAUCCAUAGGACAAAGCUUCAAGAUCCUGUUUUAGUGCUGGUGAUCAAGGAUAAGACAGUUUGCAAUUCAUCUGAAGAGCAAAAGACAAAAAUCACAAAUGUUCUGACUGGACAAAUCUUGAGUGACGAUGAGAAACAUCCUUCUCUAAAAGGAAGACGACGCUUUGCAGAUGAGCCUGAAAGCUUGCCCCAGAAAAGCCCCGAAGUCUCUAAUCGAAACAGCUCUGUAGACGAUGACUCAGCCGGAUAUGAAACUCCAGUUGACAUCCUUUCUAAAACUAUGGACAUCGAGAAUCAAAAAGAAAGUGAUACUGAUGCUAUAGCAACUUCUUUUGAUCAACAAUCUAAAUUUAGUACUGACCGGCUUGAUAAUCCUCAGAAAGAACGCUCCGUAAAAGCAAGAGAGAGCUCCAGAGAGAACAUUCAAAUCGUUAGUUCUGACAUUACGGAGUCUAAGGAUGCCAUAUUACCUGGUUAUGGAGAAAGGGUAAGACUCUCCACAGGCGGCAUUAUUUCCGUCGGCUCUGAGGACCGCGUUCCAGAAAGGUCUGAAGGUACAGCCAACGAGCAUCAAAAUGCUCGUUUUUCGGACAACAGCUUACAUACCUAUGGUAAAACCAAGAACAACUCUGAUAACGAUAUUUCCAAAACUGCAAACGUCAGCAAAAGAAGCCUUCCAGAUGAGGACACACCACCGAACGUCGAAAACUAUACCUUCAGCACAAUACAGAAGAGUACAGUGGACAUACAGCGAGAUGCGAGGCAAGUCAUAACUUCCAACAUUUUUGGUGCCAAACAUAUCGAUCCCAAGACAUCAAGUCAGAGAAAUGAGGUUUCUUCACGUAGGGAAAUUCGACAUCCAUCCCCACUCCCUACGAAUUAUCCACUGGAUAUGAAUAUCAGUAUCAUUGGGGAAUCAUGGCUUGAUGACCUAAUUCUGAAUAGUAAUGACACAACACUCUAUACUGCUGACACCUCACUGUUGUCUGAUGCUAACACCACAGUGCCAUCUUUCGAUAACACCACUACCGUAUUUUCAUUUGAUAACAGUACGAUUUUCAAUAAUGGUUCAGUAUUGUCUUCCCCUGAUACGACAAUUAUUCUUGAUGAUAACAUCACGACGUCCCUUGAUGAUAACAGCACAUCUUAUAUUGCUGAUAACUCUACGGUAUCUAUAAAUAGUGCCUCCACAUCUAAGGAAGCUUAAUCACGAAUCGAGAAUAAAACAGGGGACCCUAGUGAUAAUUCCGCAGAGUUCCCUACUUAUAGCACCAAGUCCAGCUUUGGUAAUAACACUGCAAAUCCUGUCCAUAACCCAACACAUAUUCGCAGUAACAUGGAUAUUCCUGAGAGUACCAUUUAUAUUCUUGAUAAUAGCACAAGUUCUGACAGCAACACAUAUUUUCCUGAUACGAAUAUUCCUGAUCACACCUCAUAUGUUCCUGAUAACACAACAUACACUCGUGAUAACAUGACAUAUGCCUGAUAACACCACAAGUAUUCCUGAUACCACCACAUACGCUGCAGGUAACACAAAUAUCCCUGAGAGCACCACAUAUAUUCCUGAUAGCACUACAUAUGCGCAUCAUAACUCCACGAGGAUUCAUAAUUGCACCAUAUACAAUCCUCAUAACAACACGAACAUCCCUGAUAACAUUACGAGUAUUUCCGAUAACACCACAUACAGUCCUGAUAACACUCUAGAUAUCCCCGAUAACACCACAAAAUUUCCUGAUAACACCACAUACAUAUAAGAUCACAUAAAUAUUCUAGAUAAUAACACAACUAAGUUCAAUUAUACAGCAUAAAAUCGCUAUAACCACAAAUAUUACCAACACCAUAAAUAUUCCUGACAACUCCGUAAGUUUACUGAUAUGAACACACCACCGUCUGUUAGUAACACAAUAAAUCCAGCUGAUAACUCGACAUUAAUAUGAGCUGACAACAUUAUAUAUUAUCCCCGAUUAAAUCUGCAAAUUUCCUUCUUGCUAAUACCAUGGCGUCUCUCCUGCAUAGCACCAUAUUGAUGUCCUCAGGUGCAUCAUAACACGACUGCUCUUGCAGCUGGAAAUGUCGCUGUCUUUCCAACUGAUAAGAGCAGAGUUAAGUUGAGGGAAUCGACACUGUUCUGUACUAUGAAAAUCUGUAUGAAAAAAAAAAAUAGAGUGAAAAAUUUAGUGAAAUGCUUCA